ACGCAAUAUUCAAAAUUCUCUUCUGACUUCACGUAUGAUUAAUUCGAACCAAGUUACCUCUGCUUCUUAACCUACACAACAAUGAAACUCGUUUUCCUUCCUGUCCUGCUCGCUGUUGCAGCAACAGCCGCACCAGCAUCACUGCCUGCGGCAGACAACACAAUUCUCAAGAGGCAAGGAGCAGGCAAUGCUGCUGUAGGUGUUGGUAUAGGUUUUAACUUUGGCGCUGACCCCAAUGCCGGCUCUGGCGGCGGAGCAGCCGAUGGUGGUGGUGGUGGUGGUGGAUUCGGGUUUGGGUUCAAUGCCGGUGCCGGUGCCGGUGCUGGGGGAGCAUAAUGCUGGGGAUUCAAUUACCGCGUGGAUAAGUAGGCGACUACUUACAAUCUACAAAGUUCUGUGCUAUGAAUAUAGCGCAUGUGGGACGUGGUUGAACUUUCUGAUAUUCGUCACUAUCAAUUGUCUUUAUUCUUCCUCUUAUUCGCUUGUUCUAUGCGAUUCGUUUUUUUCGGGAAGGGGUGGGGCCUGGCACUGCAGUGUAGUGGUGGAAUGAAUACAGCGAUUUCUCAUGGUCUAUAGAAGGCACGA